UCUGAGAGAGACAGCGACUGACGGCGCCAUAUUGAAAGAGGAAAAUUGCUCCAUAAAACGUGUAAAACUUCAAAUUUGCCGCCAUGCUGUACCUGGAGGAUUACCUCGAGAUGAUCGAGCAGCUACCCAUGGAUCUCCGCGACAGGUUUACGGAAAUGAGGGAGAUGGACCUGCAGGUUCAGAAUGCCACAGAUCAGCUGGAGCAGAAAGUGAUCGAGUUCUUCGUCAACGCGAAGAAGAACAAACCUGAGUGGAGAGAAGAGCAGAUGGAGGUCAUUAAAAAGGAUUAUUACAAAGCUCUGGAAGAUGCAGAUGAGAAAGUCCAGCUGGCCAAUCAGAUUUAUGACCUGGUGGACCGUCACCUGCGGAAACUGGACCAGGAACUGGCCAAGUUUAAGAUGGAGCUGGAGGCCGACAACGCCGGCAUCACCGAGAUCCUGGAGAGACGAUCUUUAGAGAUGGACAGUCCGUCUCAGCCCGUCAACAACCAUCAUGUCCACUCUCACACCACAGCUGAGAAGAGGAAGUACAGCGCUCCGACUCACCACACUACAGAACAUGUUCCAGAGAAGAAGUUCAAAUCUGAAGCUCUGCUGUCCACACUCACAUCAGACGCCUCCAAGGAGAACACACCAGGCUGCCGUACCAACAGCACUUCCUCGUCCACCAACAACGUGUACAGUGUGAACUCCUCUCAGCCUCUGGCCUCCUACAACCUGAGCUCUCUACCUGCGGGGCCCGGGGCCGGAGCCGGGGCCAUCACCAUGGCAGCUGCUCAGGCUGUACAGGCCACAGCACAGAUGAAGGAGGGCAGGAGGACGUCCAGUCUGAAGGCGAGUUACGAGGCCAUCAAGAACAACGACUUCCAGCUGGGCAGAGAGUUCUCUCUGUCCCGGGACAACACUGGAUACUCCUCCUCUGCUCUGGCCUCCACCCUCACUCAGACCUUCACCCCCACCACUGCCUCCGACUCCAGGGGGCGCAAGUCCAAGAGCAGCAUCAAGUCUUCCAACCAUCAGUCAUCUUCAUCGUCCUCCUCUUCCUCACUGUCAUCAUGCUCCUCAUCAUCAGCGUUGGCUCAGGAGCUUUCCCAGCAGGCCUCAGCGCUACCUGAGGCUGAGGCCAACAGCCAGGUGGACUGGACCUACGACCCCAACGAGCCCCGAUACUGCAUCUGUAACCAGGUUUCUUAUGGAGAGAUGGUCGGCUGUGAUAAUACAGAUUGUCCAAUCGAGUGGUUCCACUACGGCUGCGUCGGGCUGACGGAGGCUCCGAAGGGGAAGUGGUACUGUCCUCAGUGUACGGCCGCCAUGAAGAGAAGAGGCAGCCGCCACAAAUAGACUCAUCACUGUGCGUCCGCCAUGUUGGAUUUUAACCUCCAGAUCGUCCUCGUAAAACACAUCAACCAACACACUGCAGAAAGACAGAGGUCAAUGGGCUGCUCACACACUCAGCAGCUGACAGAUUAAAAACUUAGUGCCAACAGAAACGGAUCAAAGCCACAGGAAGAAAAAUCUUCUGAGUUCUGAGAUUAAAAUCAAAAAUCAUCCCUCAAAACACAUGAAGCCUGAAAAACUACAGUCAUGGAUCCGUCUUUAUUCUCAGAAUUAAGAUUUAAAUCUCAACAUUUAGACUUUAAAUCUGUCUUUAUUAAGUCUAACUUUAUUCAUCCUGAUUUAUUUGAUCAGUUAAAGUCAGAAGUCUGAAAAUGUAAAUUCUGUGUUUCAGUGUUGAGGUUAAUCUCAUGACUCGGAUGUUUUUGUUUCAUCGUUAGUUCAUUGACAGUCUGAAGCUUCGCUCAGAUCGACACUAAAAACUCAAACUCUGAAAAUAUCAACAAACUCGACCUCGUAUUGAACCUGAUGAAAACAAGUGAAACCUGCAGUUUCCAUGUGAUUUACAGUCGGAGUUGACUUGAAUUUAAAAUCUGAUGAUGACGAUGACGACGACGAUGACAGACACGUUCUGAUCUUCACCUGACAAACGAAGAAGAAACUUGAACUAAAACAGAAUCUGAUGUUCUGUGCAGGAUUACGUUUUUUUAAUGGGACAGUUGAAGUUUGUCCGUUAUGUCAGCUGACUGAUGUAGACCACACACACACAGCUCACCUGGUCAGGAGAGAGGUCAGAGGUCAACCUGUCAGGGUCAGGUCAUGGAUUUAAAAAUAGUCUGACUGGAGGAGGAGGAGACUUUAGUCUGCUAUGAAAAGCAGAUCAGCUCUGAGUUUCAUCUGUGGAACAUCUGGAAAAGUCACAUCAUCGGAGUUAAUGAAGAAUUAUAUCUUAAUCUCAUAAUUUAACGUUUUUAAAGUUAAGUUUUUUGUUUGUUGAUGUUUCAUUUUUUUCACUGAAUUCUUAUUUAAAUGUCA